ACCCCUCAGCUCUCAUCCCCCACCUCUCCAAAGGAAUAUUUGUCCCCCCCAACCCACAUCUCAAUCUCAUAUCUCAAUGGAUCUUGAUGAUCAUCCAUUCAUGGAUUCAUCUUGGGUUGAUGCAUUCCCUUUCUUCUCUGGUGAGGUGGCUUGCUUGGAUUGCUUUCAAGAAACCACCACUGUUCCUGCUACCACUUCGACCUCUACCUCUUUUAACCCUACCUUUUUCGCCGCUGAUCAUCUUGACAGCGUCGUCAAUGUUGGUGUAGCAAAUGAUAAUCAGAUGAGUACCGGGUUCGAUUGCUGUUUCGGUGAAGUUUACGGUCAGAUCUCACCAUCGUUGCCGGAGUUUCAUCAUCAGGUCGGUGGGUUUCUAGAUCGAAGUGUGGUUGAGAGAAGUGAGACCACCGCCGCCGCCGCCGCUGCGUCUGCGGCGGCGCCGGUGCGUGCCGAGAGGAAGAAGAGGAAAGUUGAAGGUAUGCCUUCUAAGAAUCUCAUGGCUGAACGUCGCCGGCGAAAGAGGCUCAAUGAUCGACUCUCUAUGCUUCGCUCUGUUGUUCCUAAGAUUAGUAAGAUGGAUAGAACAUCAAUAUUGGGAGAUACUAUUGAUUAUAUGAAAGAUUUGUUGGAGAGGAUAAAGAUGCUGAGGGAAGAGAUUGAAGGAGGUGCAGGAUUGCAGUCUGAAAAUUUGCUUAACAUCUUUAAAGAGUUGGACACUAAUGAGGUGUUGGUUAGGAACUCCCCAAAGUUUGAUGUGGAGAGGAGGGACAGAGAUACAAGGAUUGAGAUUUGUUGUGCUGCAAAGUCUGGUUUGUUGCUUUCAACAGUUAGCACUUUGGAAUCUCUGGGCCUGGAAAUUCAACAGUGUGUUGUGAGCUGCUUCAAUGAUUUUGGCAUGCAAGCUUCUUGUUCUGAGGAGGUGGAGAGAAGGAAGGAGAUGAGCAGUGAGGAAAUUAAGCAAGCAUUGUUUAGGAAUGCAGGAUAUGGAGGCAGAUGUGUUUAAAGAGAAUAAAACUCUUUUUUAGUGGGUCUUUUUUUAUUUUUAUUUUUAUUUUUGGGCAAAGCUUGAUGGAGAGAUUUGUGGGGGGAUGUCAGAUGUGCUUCAAUAAUUGCUCUUUCUUUGAUCAUUAAUGUUAUAUUUUGCAUGUUUUCUUAA